AUGCUGAAUGACCCCACUAUGUUGCAACAAAUGUCAAGCAAUCCUAUGCUUUUAAACCGAGUCAUUGGUGCACAGAGUGGAGGUUUAAGAGCGGCACUUUUAGCGAAAAUGGCAGGCUAUGGUGGAGCUGCAGACGGAACAGCAUAUAACCCUCAAAGUCAAAUGAAUUUGAGUUCACUCAAAAAUCAAAUAUCAGAUGUCAAAAAGUCAAACAUAGACAUACAGAAGCAAAUAAGUGAAAACGAAAAGAAACUAGAAUAUGACAGACACACAAAGAAACUCAAUGAGUUAAACGUAGAGAAAAAGAAGAAAGAAGAACAACUGAAAGAACUAAGUACAGAGGAAUAUGCGAAAAAAGUGUCAGAAAAAGCAGCAGAAGUAGCAAAAAUGGAACAAGAUGUCAUAAAUUUGAAAAACCAUACUACUCAAUAUAAAGUACUGAAAGAUGAAGAGAUAAAACAAAAAGCCCUGAAGACAUAUAUGGAUAGCGAUGAGUAUAAAAAAGAAGUUGAAGCAAAUGUAAAGGCAGAAAAACUUUUACAGUUGCAAAACCAAACCGUACAGUAUGAAAACUUAGCACAAGAAAGUAAAAAUAACGACGCAGCCAUGCAAAAGGCAAUGAAAAGCGCAGAAUAUAUAAAAGCUAACAAUGACUGGUUAGAUGCCCAAGCCAACGCUAAAGCAGCCCAGCUUAUAGGGUCAAUAAGGACAAAAAUACAAGCGGAUGAAGACAGUUCAAAUGAAGCUUUAACAAAUGCUGACUUUAAGAACGCCUUCGAAGAUCUUCAUAGUAAGGUGAAACAAGUGAACGACUUCUCAUCUGGAAAGAAACUGAAGUCUGAAGGUUUCGACAAAGAGUUAAGAGAAGUAGCACAAAAUAUGACGAAAAUAACAGAUGCAGCAACGAGACAGGCAGUUCAAAGUGCCUAUGACGCCGUUAGAGCAACUGUUGUGAAAAGUCAAGAAAAAGA